AUGAUCACGCCGCCGUUCAACUUUCAGCAGUGGGUCGACGACCACCGGCAUCUGCUCAAGCCGCCAGUAGGCAACAAGUGCCUGCUGCGCACCGAUGGCUACUUUGUGAUGGUCGUCGGCGGGCCGAACGAGCGCACCGACUUCCACUACCAGCCUACGGAGGAGCUCUUUUACCAGGUGCAGGGUACCAUGUACCUCCGCGUUGUGGACGACGGCCAGUUUAAGGAGAUCGAGAUCAAGGAGGGCGAAAUGUUCCUCCUGCCCGCCAACACGCUGCACUCGCCCAAGCGCCUCGCGGACACAGUCGGCGUGGUGCUCGAGCGGGCGCGCGAGGAGCCAGGCAAGCCGGUCGAGAUCCACUCGGCGCGGUUCCUGAGCAAGGACCUCUUUACCGAGCUUCCUCGCCUGCUCAAAGUCUGGGCCGAGGACGCGUCGCUGCGUGUGUGCAAAGAGUGCGGCCACCAAGCCUCGGCGCUCGAGUCGCCCCACUGCCCUCGUAUGUAG